UUCUGCUCUUCUUCCUGCGUCCUCUUCUUAGUCAUACCCUUCGUUUUGGCCCCCAAAGCUCUAUUUUUUCUUCUUCUUAUUGUUCAAGGGAAAAAGUAGUCCAUCCAUUUAUCCUUGAUAGAUAUACUGUUUGCGAACCGCUUUAUCAGAGUUUGGGAUUUGAGGUCUUUUGGGAAUAAUCAUGAUGAUGGCUUAUGAAUAGCUACUGAUAACAGACAAAGUCUGUAAAGAGAGUCCCAAAUGGGUAACUGCCUAGAUUCUUCGGCCAGAGUGGAUAGCACCCAGAGCUCCCAUACCACUUCUGCUUCAGGAGCCUCAAAAGUUGUCAGCAAAACCAGCAAUUCUUCUGCUCCUUCGACCCUGACAGUCCCAUCUUACAGUGAAAGGAGUACUGCUGAAAGUUUUCCCACUCCAAGAUCAGAAGGUGAAAUAUUGCCGUCUCCAAGUUUGAAAGCCUUCUCAUUUAAUGACCUAAAGAAUGCUACCAGAAACUUCCGUCCGGACAGUCUACUCGGUGAAGGAGGAUUUGGUUAUGUUUUCAAAGGAUGGAUUGAUGAACAAACACUUGCUGCUGUAAAGCCUGGAUCCGGAAUGGUUAUUGCUGUUAAGAAGCUUAAACCUGAAGGUUUUCAAGGCCACAAGGAGUGGUUGACAGAAGUUAACUAUCUUGGCCAACUUCAUCAUCCAAACUUGGUUAAACUUAUUGGGUACUGCUUGGAGGGUGAGAACCGGCUUUUGGUUUAUGAGUUCAUGCCUAAAGGGAGCUUGGAGAAUCAUCUCUUUAGAAGAGGACCACAGCCACUUUCUUGGGCAGUAAGGAUCAGAGUGGCUAUAGGUGCUGCGAGAGGUCUCUCUUUUCUGCACGAUGCUGAAUCUCAAGUCAUAUAUCGUGACUUUAAGGCUUCUAACAUCCUACUAGAUGCGGAAUUCAAUGCAAAGCUUUCAGAUUUUGGUUUGGCUAAAGCGGGGCCAACUGGUGACAGGACUCAUGUGUCCACUCAAGUUAUGGGUACACAUGGCUAUGCAGCACCUGAAUAUGUUGCUACAGGUCGGCUGACAGCAAAGAGUGAUGUUUACAGCUUUGGGGUUGUGUUGUUAGAACUAUUGUCUGGACGUCGUGCUGUCGAUAAAACAAAAAUUGGUGUAGAGCAGAACCUGGUAGACUGGGCCAAACCAUAUUUGGGUGACAAAAGGAGAUUGUUCCGGAUUAUGGACACCAAGUUGGAGGGCCAGUACCCCCAGAAAGGAGCCUUCAUGGCUGCUACCCUUGCCUUACAGUGCCUUAACACUGAAGCUAAAGUCAGGCCACGAAUGUCGGAGGUUUUAGCAACACUGGAACAGAUCCAAUCCCCAAAAAAUGCAGCAAAACACAUCCAGUCAGAACAGCAUACAGUUUCCAUUCCUGUCCAGAAGUCCCCAUUGAGACAACAGCAUUCUCCACUGAAUCUGACGCCACGGGCAUCCCCAUUGCCAUCCUACAGGCAAUCUCCUCGUGUACGUUGAAUGGAGGAACAUUUGAUUCUGUUGGCUAUUUAUUCUGUAUACUCCUUUGCAUCCAUAUGUUGUUUAUAUUGGAAUGUAAUGAGCAUGUAUUUUUCCAGAAUGUUGUGCCAUAAACACGUGAUUCAUCCUCUGUUUUGUGAAAAUAUGCUAGUUUUUUUGGGUAGUAAUUAGCUAGUUUUAUUUAUUGUAUCAAUAGAGCAGAUAUCAACACCUUCAGAAAGAAAGUUAUGUCCUUGAUUUAGUCAUGAAAAGACAGGUAUAUUUUACAGAUUUGCCUGGCAUGUAAUAUAGCUUUUAUUUUCAGCUCCUUGUUAAUUGGAACAAAAGCAUUUGGAAUGCAUCUGAAUUACAUGGAGUUAAACUUCAGUCAUACUUUUCUGUUGUGGACAUGACAGCAAGGAAAAAAUUAGCUCACAGGAUUUUCCUUGCUGUCUCUGUGGAAGUUAAGUGGGAGGACCUUCUAGGGUGUGUAGCAAGUCCGCGCAAGUUAUGUUUGCUGCUGUCCCUGUGUUGCUCUAGUUGCUCCAGGGAAGACAAGACCUCGGUCAUGGUUGGCCGACUAUUGGCAUCUGAAUUUAGACAUUGAAGGAUUAUCUCAGCCAACUCUUGAGCUUCUUCCAUGCUGAAAUUGCUCCCAAGUCUUUUGUCAAUGACAUGAGGCAGUCGCAGCUUAUUGCUCAGAUAUGGUUUAGCAUGAUCAGCCAGAUUCUCUAACAUUCCAUUUGAGAAUCUAUCCACUGCAGAAGAGCCGGAUAAGAUCUCUAGUAGCACUACUCCAAAGCUGUACACGUCGGAUUUCAAUGUGAGAUGCCCUGUAGGACGGGGAGUGGAGGGAUAUCACUCUCUGUAAUCUGUAUAGCGCUGAGUAGCUUUCUUGAUAAAUAAAUAUUAGUUGAUGGGGAGGCAAAGCUGUCUUAUUUUUAGCAAAUAUGAAGAUGCAACUUAAUGGUUUGCUGUACAAUUGGUUCCUAGACAUGGAUCAUAUUCAUCUGGGAGGCAUCUAAUAAGCAUGUAGUAAGACUUCCAUCUCCUACAAGCUACAGCUCAUGGGCCGAAUAAAGAAGACCGGAAUAUGAAUUGAAAGUACCUGUUCCAAUGUAUUCAGGAGCGACAUAUCCUUUGGUGCCGAGUACCCUUGUGAAGACGUGGGUUUGAUCACCUUGAGGACCAUAUUUAGCAAGUCCGAAGUCUGAAAGCUUGGGGUUGAAGUCCUGCAAUAUUACACUUUUAUUACUGCUGAUAACUACAGAAUGAUGGGCACUUGGGUGCAGUGCGGAUGUAGGAACAUUGUAAGCAUAAUAUGUUAAUAAGAUGCCAACUGCAAGGAGCAUCAAUGACUGAAACUCACAGCAUCAAGCAGGACAUUGGAGGUCUUUAGAUCCCGAUGAAUGAUUGGCCUCGGAACAGUGUGAAGAUGAUCUAAACCCCUGGCUGCCCCAACUGCUAUUUUGAUUCUUCUCCUCCAGGUUAGCUCUGUGUCCCUCUCUGUUUAUGCCAAUUUCAUUUGUGUUAAUGCAUUGUAUAUUGUCCAAAAUCCAGGCAACCUAGAGAUGCUAAAUUGUUCUCUCUCAGACUAUAUGGAGUGCUUUGGUUGCUUAGUUUUUACCUUUGGAGAGAUGAGCAUCCAAGCUUCCCUUGGGCAUAUACUCAUAUACUAAAAUCUUAUGUUCACGCUCACAACAAUAUCCGAUCAGCUUGACUAGAUUUUGAUGACUUAUUUUGGUCAAAAAGUUCAGUUCAGUCUGCCA